AUGGGCAGUAGUGAUGAGUGUCCUUCGCAGGGCAUAGUGAAUGAAGCGUUCGGCAUCAACACAGACUCUCUGUAUCAUGAGAUCAAAGAUGCCAAGUCUGACAUCAUCGGUGAUGUGGACGCAGGAGCGGAACUUCUCGGGGAGUUCUCAGUCCGGGAUGAUUUCUUUGGAAUGGGCAAAGAGGUGGAAAAUCUACUGACUGAGAAUAAACAACUACUGGAAACCAAGAAUGCCCUGAAUAUUGUGAAGAAUGACCUGAUUGCUAAAGUGGAUGAGCUGUCAAGUGAACAGGAGGUUCUCCGGGAGGAGCUGGAAACAGUGAAACAGUCCAAGACUAAAGUGGACCAGAGAGUGAAGGAACUGGAGGAGGAGCUGAAGAGGUUGAGAGCUGAAGCAUUAGGAGCAUCUCAGGACUCUAAAGACGAGGGUGGAGAGGAUUACUCGUCUCCACUGCAGGACGAUGUGACCAUGACGCAGAGACGCCGCUUCACUCGGGUGGAGAUGGCCCGUGUGCUGAUGGAGCGCAACCAGUACAAGGAGAGACUGAUGGAGCUUCAGGAAGCCGUGCGCUGGACCGAGAUGAUCAGGGCGUCUCGAGAGAGUCCUCCUCUACCAGAGAAGAAGAAAUCCAUCAUCUGGCAAUUCUUUGCGCGUCUCUUCAGUUCAUCGGCGAGUCCUCCUCCAGUGAAGCGGCCGUACACCAGUGUCAACAUUCACUACAAGUCUCCUUCUCCAGCCAGCUACAACCAGAGGCGCUCCCAAACCAUGUGCCAGAUCUCCACCUCCACCUGCAUACGAGAGUUUCUGCCGGAAGACGACUCAGCGCUCUGUACCCGCAGAGAGCAGCGGCGAGAGCAGUACCGGCAGGUGCGCGAACACAUGCGCCGCAAGGACGGUCCCAUGCAGACCUGCGGCUGGAGCGUCCCGUCCCGACUCAAACAGAACGGCUGCCAGGCAGACAGCGCUCCAGAUGCCACAGCCAAGAGGAACCAGGCCACAGAGAAAGAGGAUAAUCGCAUGAAAAACGUCCCUGUGCCAGUGUACUGCCGCCCUCUAGUGGAGAAAGACCCCAACAGGAAGUUGUGGUGCGCGGCUGGUGUGGAUCUAACUGGCUGGAAGACGUCCAAUCAGGAGGCUGCAGCUGCAAAGCCGUCCAAUGGCUCUGAUCCCUUGACAGCUGAAAACGAGGGUGGUGACGGAAAGAGUGAACAGAGCUCACCAGAGAAGAAGAAGCCUAAGGAGCUGCAUGAGACUGACCCCGUGAGCAGCCGCGUGUGGAUUCUGACCAGCACUCAUUCAGCCAGUAAAGUGGUCAUCAUUGACGCAAACCUGCCCUGCUCACUAGUCGACCAGUUUAACGUGUGUAAUGCGCAUGUGCUGUGCAUCUCAAGUGUGCCAGCUGCCAGCGAGAGCGAUUACCCAGCAGGAGAGAUAUUUCUGGAGCAGCAGGCUGGAGAUGGAGCUUCAGAGGAGAAGGGUGGCGUGGAGGGCAUGUUGGCAGGGAUCACCAUCGUGGGCUGCGCCACAAACUGCAGUGUUGUACGCAGCAACUGCUCCUCUCGCACAGACACGCCAGUGCAGGACCGAAGCAAUGCUCCUACAGCUCCAGUGUGUAGAAGUUUAGCGGUGUCUCAGUCUGCGGAGGAAGCCACUGAAGCCAUUGAGGUGACGGAGGAGGCAGGGCCCAGUGAGAAUGCAGACAGCACCCUCGGGUCCUUCACCGAACACGUCUUUACUGACAACACGCGCAGUGAGCCUGGUGUGGCGAAGGAGAAAGUGUCCUCAGCGCCGGCAGACUCAGAAGAGGCCGCAGAUGAGCGCGCAGGAACAAGUGCUGCUCCCACCAUGUGGUUAGGAGCCCAAAACGGCUGGCUGUAUGUCCACUCUGCAGUGUCCAACUGGAAGAAAUGCCUCCAUUCGAUUAAGCUCAAAGACUCUGUGCUGAGUUUAGUACAUGUGAAGGGGAGAGUUUUGGUUGCUUUAGCUGAUGGGACUCUUGCAAUUUUCCACAGAUCUGAAGAUGGACAGUGGGAUCUGUCCAACUAUCAUCUAAUGGAUCUGGGAAGACCUCAUCACUCCAUUCGGUGCAUGGCUGUGGUCCAUGAUAAAGUCUGGUGCGGCAACAAGAACAAGAUCCAUGUGAUUCAGCCCAAGAGCAUGCAGAUUGAGAAAUCCUUUGACGCUCACCCACGCAAGGAGAGUCAAGUCAGGCAGCUGGCGUGGAUUGGGGAUGGAGUCUGGGUUUCAAUCCGUCUGGACUCUACGCUGCGCUUAUAUCACGCUCACACACACCAGCAUCUACAGGAUGUGGACAUCGAGCCUUAUGUCAGCAAGAUGCUGGGUACAGGAAAGUUGGGCUUCUCUUUUGUCAGGAUAACGGCCUUGCUGAUUGGAGGAAACCGAUUGUGGGUGGGCACAGGAAAUGGUGUCAUCAUCUCAAUCCCCCUCACUGAAACCGUAGUACUUCACCGAGGCCAGCUGCUGGGAUUGAGGGCCAAUAAGGUGUCGCCUACAUCAUCAGGAGGCGUUAUCCAUGUAUAUGCAGAUGACAGCACCUCAGAGAAGAGCAGCUUCAUCCCGUACUGCUCCAUGGCACAAGCGCAACUCUGUUUCCAUGGUCACAGAGACGCCGUCAAGUUCUUUGUGUCAGUGCCAGGCAAUGUGUUGGCCACCCUGAACGGCAGUGUGUUGGACAGCCCAUCGGAGUCUCAGGGGUCCUCAGCCCCGGCAGAAACAGAAGCGCAGAGUCUUCAGAAUGUGCUGGUGCUCAGCGGAGGCGAGGGUUACAUUGACUUCCGCAUCGGUGACGGUGAGGAUGACGAGACGGAGGAAGCAGACGAUGAUGAAGCUCCUCAGAUGAAGCCAGCCUUGUCUAAAGCAGAGAGGAGUCAUAUCAUCGUCUGGCAGGUUUCUUAUGUUCCAGAGUGAUUUAAACAAACACCUCCUGCCUGUACCCCCACCCCCUAUAAAUCCCCCCUCGUCCCAAAGACAAAGUAUGAGUCCUUUCUGUAACUAUGCCCCAAGCUCCGUAACAACCACGGCCUUGUAACUACCCCCCUUUAAACUCUUAUAUUGACCCCAUUAGCCUGUAUUUUCCUCAAUUAUAACUACCUUCAAUCCACCUCGUAACGUUCCCUCCAAAAACACACACAAAGAUCAAGAACUUCCUGCAUCUUACUACUGAGUUCAAAUGAAAUGCAUAUAAACAGCUUAAACCAGAACCAAAACUAAGUUCCUGAAAGAACUACCCAGUUGGUUUUUCUUCUUGCCAAAUAACCCUGACCUUUAUUUGUACAGUCCCUCAGCACACAACUCACUGAAUCAGGAGAUCAUUCUGGAAACACUGGUGUACAUGUAAACGAGAGCAAAACCAAAAGGAGAGCUCAAUAUGUAAAUACUGCGUUGAAUCAUGUGCACUUCAGAGAGAGAGAUGUGAAGCAAUAGAUGAGGAUGAUCAAAUGAAUGGUCAGGAUUGGCUGGA